CCCUCGUCUUCCCCAGACCAGGUCUCGUCUGCCUUGUCUCCUCCGUAGACUCCCCUAGCCCGCUGCUGUCCACCAGAGUCGAUAGCACCAAGACCACCUCGGAUCGCCCUCUAGGACUUUACCUUUUGAUCUACUCCAUCAUGGGCACCGAGUCUGAAGCAGCAGCUACGAGGCCCGAGGCGCCCGCGCCUGCUGGGUCCAAGGAAGAGCAGCAGCAACAACAGCCGCCCCCGCCGCCUCCCGAGCAGGCCAGCGUUUGGACAAGGGAAGAGGGCGAACUGAUCGACUACCACACCUUGAGCUGGUGGCAGGGCGGCAUCGUCCUGAUCGCCGAGACCGUCUCGCUCGGUAUCCUCUCGCUGCCCUCUGUCCUGGCCACCGUUGGUCUGGCGCCGGGCAUCGUCCUCAUCUUGAUCAUGUCGGGCCUGUCGACGUACUCGGGUAUGGUCCUGGCCGAGUUCCGCGCCGCGUACCCCUACGUGCAGAAUUUCGGCGACGCGCUCGAGGUGAUCGGCAAGUCCAUCGGCAUGGGCCCCCUAUUCCAGGAGGUCUUUGGCUGGGCACAGGUCACCUUCCAGGUCUUCGUCAUGGCCAGCCACCUGCUCACCUGGACCAUCUGCCUCAACACGCUGACCGACUCGAGCACCUGCACCAUCGUGUGGGCCGUCGUCGGGCUUGGCGUCUUCGCCGUGCUCAACUUCCCGCGCACGCUCAAGCACACGGCCUGGAUGUCCAUGGCUUCGUGCAUCUCCAUCGUCGUUGCCGUGCUCGUCACCAUCGGCGACGUGGCUUACGAGCGGCCCAUCGGCUCCAAGGCCAUCGAGGCGGCGCGCGAGAUCCCCUUCACGUCGGGCAUGCUGGCCAUCACAAACAUCGCCGUCUCCUUCUCGAGCCACUCGUGCUUCUUCAGCGUCAUCGGCGAGUUCAAGAAACCCGAGGACUUCCCCAAGGCCCUGGCCCUGCUCCAGAUCGCCGACACCACGCUGUACCUGCUCGCCGCCAUCGUCAUCUACGUCUGCGUCGGGCCCAACGUGCCGUCGCCCGCGCUAUCGGCCGCCGCCUCGCGCACCAUGCGCAAGGCCAUCUGGGGCAUCGCCAUCCCCACCAUCGUCAUCGCGGGCGUCAUCUACGGCCACGUGGCCGCAAAGUACAUCUUUGCCCGCAUCUUCCGCGACUCCAAGCACGCCGUCCGCCGCACCAAGCUCUCGGGCAUCGUCUGGCUCGCCAUCGUGUGCGGCCUCUGGGCCCUCAGCAUGGUCAUCGCCGAGUCCAUCCCCGUCUUCAACAGCCUGCUGGGCAUCGUGGCCGCCAUCUUCGCCUCGUGGUUCUCGUACGGCCUGCCGGGCGUCUUCUGGCUCUGGAUGCACUGGGGCGACUUCUUCUCCAGCAAGCGCCAGACCGCCCGCUUCGCCGGCAACGUCCUCCUUUUCAUCACCGGCCUGCUGAUCUGCGUCCUCGGCCUGUGGGCCUCCAUCGAGGCCAUCGCGACCGAGCGAGUCACCAAGCCGUGGUCGUGCGCCUCCAACGCGGCGCCAUGAUUGACGAAUGAGGAGGUCUACGUUAUGAACGAAGCUCUGGAUUGCGGGGGAAUGUUUGGGCCAGGGACUCUUUGUAGUGCUUGGAAUGAGUUGUAUGUGUAUUAUAAGGCCCUGGGACGAGUCGCUAUACGCAGACAAAUUCAUAAUGGUCAAUAUGAAAGCCCGACUUCUCGGCGUAUAAGAAUUUUGCUUGGGAAUUGAUGUAUAAUUCCUAUUCUUAUUUCCACUUUAAAACACUUACGCUCGCCCUUAUUGUCGUUCCUGUUCCUACCCACAUCUCUAGAA